GUAAUGUUGAGUCGAGUGUUGGUCAAUUAAGUCUUCCGUCACUGACUCCCUCACCAUGUGUUUGGAUAUCACCGGGACCCCACAUUAAUUCAACGCCUCCUAUGGUCUCCACUCACACAAGUCCCUCAAACACGAUGGGUCUGAGAAUUUUGAACGUCUACUCAAUAGCUCCUAUUCCCCAAGAUUUGUGUGUUCCAUACGACUCAGCGGAGAAGACUGUGAAGAGUGGGAAUAAGAGCGACGAGUUGACUAAUGGAGUUCUAGGACACAGUGGAGUGAAUGAAUCUGUGAGUGUUUCGAAUGGUGGUGAGGUGAAGGGUUGUCGUGUUGGCGAUGUUGGAGUUUGUGAACCAAGGUGUGUUGGAGGAGGUGGUUCUGGCGAGAGUGAGACUAUUGACUUGUCGGUGUCGAGUGAUGAGGAGAGUGUGGAGGAGAUGGAUGUGAAUGGAGUUGGUGAUGGGGGAGUGGGGACUGGCGAUGCAAGUGACCGGGGUUAUAGGUGAGUAAUGAUAUUUGUUGUGUUAACUUG